ACUUCCGUUUCUUUUUCCAAUGGACUCAAAGUCUCAGACCCAAUUAUCCAUUUUUCUUACUUUCUCUCUCUACAACUCGGAAUUCAGUUCCCAUGGAGGUUGAGAAUCCAGGAAUUUUUAAGCUUAAGUGCUGUGUAAAGAACUAUGAUUGGGGUAAAAUUGGGAGGGACUCAAGUGUUGCGCAGUUGUACUCGAAGAACAGUGGAGAAGAAGCAGAUGAUUUUAAGCCGUAUGCUGAGUUCUGGAUGGGGACCCACGAGUCCGGGCCGUCCUACGCCGUCGUGACACCGGUGACGGUGGCUCAGGGAGAGAAUGAAGUCGUGAGUAGUGGGAAUAGCUUAAAUUUGGUGAAUUUAAAGGAUUGGAUUGAGCAGAACCCCAGUGUGAUUGGUGAUAAAGUAUUGCAAAAAUGGGGCCACAGUCUCCCUUUUCUCUUCAAGGUACUUUCAGUGGCAAAGGCGUUGUCGAUACAGGCUCAUCCAGAUAAAGUUUUGGCUGAAGUUCUUCAUAAACAACAUCCGGACAUAUAUAAGGAUGACAAUCACAAGCCUGAGAUGGCUUUGGGACUCACCGAGUUCGAGGCUUUAUGUGGGUUUAUUAGUCCUGAGGAGCUUAAGCUUGUUGUUCACAAUGUACCUGAGAUUGUGGAAGUAGUUGGCAGUGCACGUGCAGAUCAAGUAUUGCACAUCAGGCAAGAGGAUGGGGAAGAGAAAUCGAAAGAGGUUUUGCGAUCCAUAUUCUCUGACCUCAUGUCAGCUAAGAAGGUUGUGAUUUCUGAAGCAAUCUCCAAGUUGAUAAGUCGACUAAAUGUAAAACAUGAGGUGAGAGAGUUGACUGACAAGGAAGAGCUGGUAUUGCGGCUUGAGAAGGAAUAUCCAGGAGAUGUUGGUGUUCUAGCAGCAUUCCUUCUUAAUUACAUUAAGCUUAAAUCAGGUGAAGCCCUAUAUUUAGGGGCGAAUGAACCUCAUGCUUAUUUAUAUGGUGAAUGCAUCGAGUGCAUGGCCGCAUCGGACAAUGUUGUACGUGCUGGCCUUACUCCAAAGAAUCGGGAUGUUCAAACUCUCUGUUCCAUGCUCACAUACAAACAGGGCCUGCCACAAGUCCUCAAAGGAGUUGCUUUGAAUGCUUAUACAGUAAAAUAUAUCCCUCCAUUUGACGAAUUCGAGGUUGAUCGAUGUUUCCUUCCCCAAGGAGCAUCAACUGUCUUUCCUGUAGUCCCUGGUCCGUCCAUAUUUCUGGUCAUGGCAGGAGAGGGAAAAAUACGGACAGUAAGCCAUGAAGAGUCGGUUGCUGAAGGCGACGUACUUUUUGCAUGUGCUAACAUUGAGAUCACUGUGGCAACUACAUCAGGUCUGCAUUUAUAUAGAGCAGGAGUGAACAGCAGGUUUUUUGGAGAGUCGAAUAUCAAACUAGCUUGAUUAAAAGUAAAAGGAGUUCUUAUAUACUAUGUAUCACUGCUCUUUUUGUGAUAUUAUCAUCUGUAUGUACAUUUACCGCUAUGUUAAAUAAUUAAAAAGAAUAUUCAUGUACAGAACAAGGUGUAGCAUAGUGUAAUUUUUAUUUUUUAUUUUAUUUUUCCUGUCUGAUGCACUACUUGCCAUCCAAAACUUCAUUUUGGCGAAGUACAGAAACCGUCUGUAAUAAGUAAUCGUUUGCUCGUUGGAAGAAAAAAGAAAGGUCAGGCAUAGCAGUUUGAUGAAUAGAUUGUUAUAAACGAUCUUGUAUAGCA